UGCACCGCUGCUCCGUCAGUCGCCGCCGCUAGUCCGCCGCUCGUCGUCCUGCUCCUGCUGAAUUCGUCACAGAAUUCUAGAGAAACAGUGGCAAUUUUGGCCAGAGCUCAAGCAACAAACAAAGGAAUUGCUUUGGUAUUGGUGAUCAUUGCAUUAAGGCACAAAAGAGUUGCACAUGGAAGGAAUUCAUGAAUCUGCUGGUUCAAUCUCUCUUCUGUUUUUUCUUCCUUUGUUACGUUGAAAAAAGAUGUUGGGAAAGAUUGGCGGAAGGAUACGGAUUGGAACGUCUGGAAGAUUCAGACUUGUAGUCAGCAACCGCUUCUCCACGAACAACAAACCCACCACUGAAUCGAACAAGAAUGGAGAAAAUACAUAUGGGUCAUUGACUCACCAUGACUCGUAUCGAGACCUGGAUAAGCUUGAUUUCAUGACUGCUGCCAAGAUUCUCUUUACCACUCCCCCUAAACAGAAGAAAUUCGGGCUUGAUUUUCAUCUGGUUCAGCUCUUCUUCGUUUGUUUGCCUUCUCUCGCUGUGUAUUUGGUCGCUCAGUAUGCUCGUCAUGAAAUGAAGAAAAUGGAUGCAGAUUUGGAGACUAGACGUGUUGAAGAAGCCAAGAAAAUAAAGGUGGCCGAAGGAGAAGCACUAGAGUCGAAUCCACAAUUACUGGAGGUAAAAGAGAGACUCAAUAGCUUGGAAAAGACCGUUAAGGAAAUUAUGAUCGAAUCCAAAAACCAACGAAACAUUAAAGUUUCCGAUCCACAAGAAGGUGACCGAACACAGCAUGCAACAGUUGAAGAUCGCCAAAAGACACAGGCUUCUAACAAGUGAGAACUAAGGAGCACGUCGUGAGAAUGAUCAAAAGUUUUUGUAUAUCCUUUCACUUGAACAAGCUGGAGAAGGCGUUGUAGACAGUGAUAGCGGUGAUUGGGGUUGUUAAGGAACCAAGUCGAGUAGAGUAGCAGGUUUUUGGACUGCACGAGCUCGAAUAACUUUUUUAAAGUAGCACCCGAUCUCGAGGUCCAGUGUUCGAGGUUGAGCUUAUACUUGUUUAAAAUUUUUGAUUUAUAUAUCAUACUGAACUUCAAGCUUAAGUUCGUUUAUGGGCUCGAACUCGAGACUGAUUAACUUAUAUGUUGGCUUGAGUGAGAUAAUUUUAUAUUUUAAUUGUAUGAUUUAUAAAUAUAUGGACAUGUUUGACUCGGAAGGGUGUAUAAUUGAAUAGCUCAGCUGAGUUCGGUUUGACU